CCGCCAGAGGAGGCGGCGCGCAUGGCGCGCUUCGUUCUUCACAACUGCGACUGGGGUGCGCUGGCCACCCUCUCCGCGCAGGAGGGGCUGCGCGGCCGCCCCUUCGCCAAUAUCUUCUCCCUCAGCGACGGGCCCCCAGGGCCUUCCGGCGGCAGCGGCGUCCCCUACCUGUACCUGACCGACAUGGAGAUCUCCGUGCAGGACCUGAAGGUCAAUUCAAAUGCCUCCUUAACUGUGUCUUUGGCACAGACUGCUUACUGCAAGAAGCACAACUACGAUCCCCAAAACCCUCUCUGUGCCCACAUAAUCUUCAGUGGAAGUAUCGUAAAGGUGAAUGAUUCAGAAGCAGGCAUAGCAAAAAAAGCAUUAUUCAGUCGCCACCCUGAAAUGGAAAGUUGGCCUAAGGAUCAUAAUUGGUUCUUUGCCAAAUUCAACAUCACCAAUAUUUGGGUCCUGGACUACUUUGGUGGAUUGAAAAUUGUGACGCCAGAAGAAUAUUACAGCGUCAAGCCUUAG